UUUGCUAUGCACAGUCAUAACCUUAUUUUAGAUUACAGUUCACAGUGUAUAGAAGAUGUGAGGAAUUUGAGUGUAUUUGAAUUUAAGUGGUGUUUAAACUUGCUGUACGUGCUGUGAUUCAGAAAUGCGUUCUCUGUGAAUUAACUUUAAGCAGAACUUAGUAAAAGUUUUCCCAUAGGUUAUAGCCUAUCUUAGUGACUUUAAUGACAGGUUUACUAUCAUGCUGUCACUCUUCAUGUACUGCCAGGGUGUUUCUGGACCUAAUAAAAUCAUCAUCCCCUAUCACAUAUUAGCUUAAUGUGGCUUUGCGUACAACUGAUGAUAUCUACUACAUCUCUGUAAUUUCCUGUGCAGAAAGCUCCUUUAACACCUCAUGUACAUGUUUGUAAAGUACCCCAAACCCAGUGCUAGCCUAAACUUUAAUGUAAUGGUCCAGACACAAUGGAUCUCCGGGGACAAUGCUUAGCUCCGCCCAGGACGCAACAUCAUUAGCAAAGCCUACUCCUUUUUUCCAAGCAAGACGUGGACUCGCCUAUAUACUCUGUACAUAGGGUAUAUCAGCACUCUGAGCUUCUUGGGAUCAUACGGAUAAACUGGAAGAAAGACUCUCAUUUAAAGGCUGUAGUAAUUUCAGUAUGAAUACACUUGCAAGAUUGUUGUUGCUGCUGCUGCUUCUCUACUUUUGUUCUUCAGCUGACACGGAACUAAUUCUCAGAGUGAGAAGAGGAACACGCAACUAUAAAGACCGCUGUGUAGACCCAGACACAGCUGCAGUCAGAGAGAUAGGGGAAACUUGGCUACGAUGGAGAGGUCAGAAGGUUGAGUAUUGCCGUUGUGCAUCAAGAGCAAGAGCACGCUGUCACUACAUACCUGUCACUACUUGUUAUGUAUCCAGAUGCUACAGUGGUGGUACAUGUAAAGAGGCGGUGUUCUCAAGUGACUUCAUAUGCCUGUGUUCCACAGGUUUUACUGGACAACAGUGUGAGAUCAAUUUGAAUGAGAAAUGUGUGAGCGGGCAGGGCUAUGAUUAUCGUGGUACUUGGAGCAUCUCCAGCUCUGGCACUGAGUGUAUCAACUGGAACUCAACAUUACUCAGAGAAAAAAAAUUCACAGCCAGGAAACCAGACACAAGAAUCCUCGGAUUGGGCAAUCACAACUACUGCAGAAAUCCAGAUGGAGACUCCAGACCAUGGUGCUACGUUUAUAAGAAGUCUCAAAUUGUGUGGGAAUUAUGUUCUAUACCAAACUGUACAACAGACCCAGUACUGGAGUGUGUACGGGGCUCAGGUCAGUCCUACAGAGGAGCUCAGUCAGUCAGUAAGAGCAAUGCUAAGUGUCUGCCAUGGGACUCACCUGCAAUCUAUCACAAGUCUUAUACAGCCUGGAGGCCAGAUGCCAGAGAGCUGGGUCUUGGCAGCCACAACUACUGCAGGAACCCAGACAGUGAUCUUGGUCCAUGGUGUUACAUUUAUAAAGGCUCCCAGCUGACUUGGGAAUUAUGUGAUAUCCCCAAAUGCUCAAGAAAACCAUCUACCAUUACAACCCUUGGACCAAGAGCCCCUACAACUGCCAUCAGAGGAGCUUUCUGUGGUCAGCGUUCUGAAAGGCCCUCUAGUUCUCUGCCAAUAUUCAGAAUACAUGGAGGUCAGGUUAGUGACAUCAGACAGCAGCCAUGGCAAGCCGCUAUCACUGUAUACUCACCACGUACCAAAUCACACAACUUUCUGUGUGGUGGAGUCCUGAUUGACUCCUGCUGGCUCCUUUCUGCAGCACACUGCUUCCAGGAGAGAUUUACAGAAAAUCACAUGCAUGUUAUCCUUGGCCGAACCUUCAGGCUUCAAAAUUCCAGCAGUGAACAGAUAUUUGAUGUGGAGAGGUAUUGGAUUCAUGAACAAUACAACGAUGUGAAUUACGAUAAUGACAUAGCUCUGUUAAAGCUGAAGAGUGAAACUGGCAUUUGUGCUGUAAAUACUCCAGAGGUGCUACCUGUCUGUUUACCAGAACUUGGAAUGUUUUUCCCAGAUUGGAAGGAGUGUGAGAUUUCUGGUUAUGGCAAAGACAAAGAAUUCUCUCCAUUCUAUUCUGAGCAAAUAAAACAGGGUCAUGUGCGCCUCUGGCCCCAGGAGCAGUGUGUGCCAGAGAAACUCUCUGGGCGUGAAAUAACAGCUAACAUGCUGUGUGCUGGAGACACGCGUGGCCUGGAUGAUGCCUGCAAGGGUGACUCAGGUGGUCCUUUGGUUUGUGAAAAGGACAGCCAGAUGACCCUCAUAGGUUUGAUCAGUUGGGGGGAUGGAUGUGGAAAGAAGGACAUUCCAGGUGUUUACACACGUGUUACAAAAUACAUAACCUGGAUUUCCAGCAAGAUGAGAUCAAACUAAUACACAAAUCCUAAGAUUCAGUGGCUAAAAGUAGAGUAAUUUGAAAUCAUCUAAGGCUCUAUUUGGAUUCUCAAAAAAGAACUGAUGAAAUGGUUGCUAGGGAAGAGGAAAGCCAUGAUAUUAGAAUGAUAAUCUUAGCAUAAUUUAUUCACCACUCUAGUUCUAUGUUUAUUGUCCGCAUUUAUUACCAUAUGACAAACUCAGUGCACUCAAAUAGGGAUAUUGUUUGAGUAUGUCCACAAAUGUAGACAUGUACAGAAAUACAGUAUAUGUGUAUAUUAUUAUGAUCUCAAGUCUAGUCAAUAAAAACCUACAUUUAAAAAUAUAAAUCAUUAAAAUUUUAAAACUGUAUGCACACUAUCAUGAUAAAUAUAUUUACAGGUUGAUAUGAGUGUAACCUAAGUGCCUGACUCCCAUUGUCUUUAUCAUGUGAAGACACAAUCUCUGUCCAUUUUGCAGAUUGUAAAACAGAGUCUGUUUUUGUUUCAUACUUACUUAAUGUUAGGUCAAUAUGAUGAAUUUUUUGGGUGAAGAGUACAUGGAUAUUGGACAUUGGGCUUUAUUUCAUAUACAUGUUCCCAUAUAAAUAUCAUUUUUAUUUGAAUUUAUAUUGUAAAAGAAAAUUCUGUUUGUACACAGGUAUCAUAUAGGUCUAUUUCACUAUUUAGUGCCUACAGACCCACCAAAAAGUAUUGGAAUGUCAAGACCAAUUCUUUUAUUUUUGCUAUAUCCUGAAAACUUUUGAGAUCAAGAGGUUUAAGACAAGAUUAGAUUAGAUUUCCAGCUUUCAUUUCACAGAUAUCUGUGUUAAACAACAUGGUACCUUUGGUGGCAGACCACACAAUUUUCAUGCACAAAAUGAACAGAUUUGGAACAGAUAUUCUCAAAGUAAAUGAAAGGAAAAAUUAAGAGCACUUAAUAUUUGGUUGCCUAUCUCUUGAUGCUAAGGCUUUAAUUGGAUUCGCAAAGAGGAAUUGAUGAAAUGGUUGCUAGGGAGGAGAAGGAAAGUCAUCAAGAAUAAUAAUCCGAGCAUACUUUAUUUACACGGAUGAAAAUUAUUAUAUUCAUGUUACAAUACAAUAGAAUAUUUACCCAAAAUGUAUU